UAUGGCAUCUCCUAAAACCGAAUCAGCUGUUUUGUUAUGAAUUCGUUGCAUUUGCGAAAUUUGUGUUGCUUGGAGAAGUUUUAUCGCAGUUAUUUUUUAAUUGUGUUGAAUAAGUGUUCAUCUUUUUCAAUCCUUCAAAGUUUCUUACAACGAAACCCAUUGCAAGAUGAUGCGCUACGAGGGUGAUGAAAAAUUGGCGGAUACCACUGCCUGUGCAGGUGUUAGAGCGGAUCUGAAAAUGUGCCUGCUAGAAAGUGAUUGCUGCCGUAUUGAUAAGAAUACACCGCGAGAGUGUCUCAAAUCAAACAAUGUGCCCGAGGAAUGUCAAGUACUGCGGAACCUAUUCUUCGAGUGCAAACGUUCAAUCCUUGAUACUAGACAACGGUUCCGUGGACGAAAGGGUUAUUGAUUGAUAUUAAUACUAAUUAGAUUCAAUGUUGCUACGACUUCAAUAGGAUUUUACUGUAUUAAUAUUUUAUUUCAUAAUUCAAAUAAAAAUAUACAUUAAAUAUUAACUUACAUUAUA